CAUGGAGGUCAACUCUCAAGACCCAAGCUUUAACGUGAUCGAGCACCGGCCUAAAAUUUUUAUUCGCAGGAUCAUCCUACUGAUCAGAUCAAUCGGUCACACCUUGAAGAUGAAGGUGAUUCAUAUCCCUUGUUUGGAAGACAACUAUUCUUACUUGGUGAUUGAUGAGAACACGAAACAAGGAGCAGUUGUGGAUCCAGUUGAGCCUGAGAAGAUUAUUAAAGUUGCUAAAGAAAAUGGUGUUGAACUUAAGCUUGUCCUCACCACUCAUCACCACUGGGAUCAUGCGGGUGGCAAUGAGAAGAUCAAAGAGUUGGUUCCAGGGAUUAAGGUUUAUGGAGGUUCUGUUGAUAAUGUAAAAGGGUGUACUGAUAAGCUGGAAAAUGGUGAUAAGUUAUCUCUUGGGGAUUCUAUAAAUAUACUCUCUCUCCACACACCAUGCCACACAAAGGGACACAUAAGCUACUAUGUAACUGGGAAAGAAGAAGAGGACCCUGCUGUGUUUACAGGGGACACACUGUUUGUUGCUGGUUGUGGCAAGUUUUUUGAGGGGACAGCAGAACAGAUGCAUGAGUCACUGUGUGUGACUUUGGCUUCUUUGCCAAAACCAACUAAAGUUUACUGUGGGCAUGAGUAUACGGUGAAGAAUCUGCAGUUUGCUCAAACAGUUGAACCAGACAAUGAGAAGAUAUCAGAAAAGUUAUCAUGGGCUCAGAAGCAGAGGCAAUCUGGGCUUCCAACUAUUCCAUCAACCAUUGAACAGGAAUUAGAAACUAAUCCUUUCAUGCGAUCUGAUCUACCUCAAAUUCAGGAGAAAGUUGGAUGCAAGUCCCCUGUUGAAGCAAUGCGCGAGAUAAGGCAACGAAAGGAUAACUGGAGAGGGUAAUUACCUAAAUACCCUCUGUCGCAUCUUUUUUGUGUGUGUACAUUACUUAAAUAAUGUACGUGUCAUAAGAGUGAAUGUGUUGUUGUUGCUACUGAAACUUGGUUUGUGUUUGUCACAUAACAUAAAUGUCCAAUAUGUCAAGAAUGAAGAAUCUUUCUGUUUUCAGCAAA